UGCCUUUAGUUUUUUCAUUUCAAGGUCACAAUGGCCUACCAUGAAAACAGAGCACUCUCUGCUCUGCUCUGUUUUCUCACAUUGUUCAUUGCUUUGUUGAUGAGUUCUUGGCAGGUUUCAGGCCAGGGAUCGGCUGUGUUUGCCUGCGACGCCACAAAGGAUCCGACGGUGGCCGGAUAUGGGUUCUGCGACAAGUCGUUGGCGGUGGAUGCGAGGGUGGCCGACCUGGUGAAGAGGAUGACAUUGCAGGAGAAAAUAGCGAACUUGGUGAAUGCUGCAGGAGGUGUGACCAGACUUGGAGUUCCCAAAUAUGAGUGGUGGUCUGAGGCUCUUCAUGGCGUCUCUUACACAGGUCCCGGAACUAGAUUUUCCAAUGUAGUUCCAGGAGCUACAAGUUUUCCUAUGCCUAUUCUCACUGCAGCUUCUUUCAAUGCUUCUCUGUUUCAAGCCAUUGGAAAGGUGGUUUCAACAGAAGCAAGAGCAAUGCACAAUGUAGGGUUGGCUGGUUUGACAUAUUGGUCUCCAAACAUAAACAUAUUCAGAGAUCCCAGAUGGGGAAGAGGUCAAGAAACACCGGGAGAAGACCCUUUACUUAGCAGCAAAUAUGCAUCAGGUUACGUAAAAGGCCUUCAACAGACCGAUGAUAGCGAUUCGAACAAGCUCAAAGUUGCUGCUUGUUGCAAGCACUACACAGCCUAUGAUCUUGAUAACUGGAAAGGAGUUGUGAGAUACACCUUCAAUGCAGUGGUUUCACAGCAGGAUUUGGAUGACACAUACAACCCACCAUUUAAGAGUUGUGUGAUUGAUGGCAAUGUUGCUAGUGUCAUGUGCUCUUACAAUCAGGUCAACGGAAAGCCAACUUGUGCAGACCCAGACCUCCUAAAGGGAGUCAUCAGAGGGAACUGGAAACUAAAUGGGUACAUAGUUUCUGAUUGCGAUUCAGUAGAUGUGUUUUUCAAAAAUCAACAUUACACUAAGACCCCUGAAGAAGCUGCGGCCAAGUCAAUUCUAGCAGGGUUGGAUCUGAACUGUGGAAAAUUUCUGGGCCAAUACACAGAAGGCGCUGUAAAGCAAGGUCUUGUGGAUGAACCAACCAUUGACAAGGCAGUGUCCAACAAUUUUGCCACAUUGAUGAGACUUGGUUUCUUUGAUGGUGAUCCAAGCAAGCAAACUUAUGGAAACCUUGGUCCAAAGGAUGUUUGCACCACAUGGAACCAGGAACUAGCCCGUGAAGCCGCAAGGCAAGGCAUUGUUCUGCUUAAAAACAGCAAAGGAUCACUUCCUCUUAAUGCAAAAGCCAUUAAAUCCUUGGCAGUUAUUGGACCAAAUGCUAAUGCUACUAAAACCAUGCUUGGAAACUAUGAAGGUAGCCCUUGCACUGUGAUAUCGCCUUUUCAAGGUCUAACAGCUCUGGUUCCUACAAGCUAUGCUGCUGGUUGUCCGGAUGUGAAAUGUGCCAGUGCCUUGCUAGAUGAUGCCAAGAAUAUUGCAGCUUCUGCAGAUGCAACUGUGCUAGUAGUGGGGGCGGAUCAGUCCAUAGAGGCUGAGAGUCUUGACAGAGUUAGCAUUCUUCUUCCAGGACAACAACAACUUUUAGUUACUGAGAUUGCUAAUGCUGCUAAAGGACCUGUGAUUCUUGUCAUCAUGUCUGGUGGAGGCAUGGAUGUGUCAUUUGCUAAGUCAAAUGAUAAAAUCUCAAGCAUCCUUUGGGUUGGUUACCCUGGUCAAGCUGGUGGGGCUGCCAUAGCUGAUGUCAUUUUUGGGUUCCAUAAUCCUAGUGGAAGACUACCUAUGACAUGGUACCCACAAUCCUAUGUAGACAAGGUACCAAUGACCAACAUGAACAUGAGGCCAGAUCCUGCAACAGGAUACCCAGGCAGAUCGUACAGAUUUUACAAAGGAGAAACUGUGUUUGCAUUUGGAGAUGGAAUAAGCUACUCCAAAGUGGAACACAAACUUGUUAGUGCACCACGAUUGGUGUCAGUUCCACUAGCAGAGGACCACGCUUGUCGUUCCUUGCAGUGCCAGUCACUUGAUGUUGCUGAAGAACAAUGUCAAAACUUGUCCUUUGAUGUUCAUUUGAGUGUCAAGAACAAAGGAAGAAUGAGCAGUAGCCACACAGUUUUCCUGUUCUACAGUCCUCCUUCGGUGCACAACGCGCCUCAGAAGCAUUUGGUCAGAUUUGAGAAAGUGUUCUUGCCAGGAAAAUCAGAAUCACUUGUGAAGUUUAAGGUUAAUGUCUGUAAGGAUUUGAGUGUGAUUGAUGAACAGGGUAACUGGAAAGUUGCCCUAGGAGAACAUAUGCUUCAUGUGGGACACUUGAAGCAUCCUUUAGGUAUAAGGAUUUGAAAUAAGUCUUCAAAUCCAUAGCCACAAGCUCAUCAUUUUCCCCUUAUUGGUUUCCUUACUACAAGUCAUCAUUUUUAAAAGGAACCAGAAAUAAGUUUGAGGAAAUUGUAACAAGUUUGUCUUAUUUCUCCAAUUUCUCCAAUUAAAUUAAUGGAAUCAGAAAUCUGAAAUUGAAAUUAUGUUUUU